AAGGGAGGAAGAAAUGUAUGUUCUCGAACGCGUCUUCCUGAAUGUAACUUUCUCCUCUUUCUGGCAUCCGCCCCAAGUUGCGAACAGCUUUUCUUUCCCCUUCCGUGAAACGAUAACAUUUCGCUUCUAAUGUUCGCUCUGGAGCUGUACCCAACUUCUACAACAGCUUGCUUUCAAAACAGAUUAUUUGUGACUGCAAAUCCGAACUAAUUCAUCACUUUACACUUGUUGCUACUUGCGUUGUGUAGUGGAAACCGGGACGUGAACGCUCCUUCAGCUCAGUCCCAACAGGAUGGAUGGAUGAACGUAUCGUAAAGUACGGCUAAUGCUAAUUCCGUUCGCCGACGAGAGAGCAACUUCGCUUCAUGCAGAACUCAGAAGCAGCGUCAGACCCCCCCACUGGUGUGGCAACACUACGGACGUCAUCAUCAGCUCAGGCUCCUGUGGUACAGCCUGUCCCAGCCUCCCAGCAGAGGGUGCUGGUUCAAGCCACAGGCUCAGCUCAGAAAGGAGGACAAGUAUCAGUAUCCAGGGUCCCCCAGCAGCAGGUGCAACAUGUCUACCCGACUCAAGUACAAUAUGUAGGAGAAAGUGGAGAAGCAGUUUAUACCAACGGAACUAUCCGAACGGCCUACUCCUACAACCCGGAGUCCCAGCUGUAUGGACAGGGCAGCGGGGGGGCCUACUUUGACUCUCAGGCUGGAGGAACCCACGUCACCACAGUGGUGUCCUCCGCCAGCAGUGGCGUGCCGCCGCACGGCAUGGUGGGCAUCGCCAUGGAUGUGGGCAGCAGCCACAUCAUUUCCAGCGGCAGCACCUACCUGCUGCACAGCGGCGGCAUGGAGGGGAACCGCAACCACAUCUCACACUCGUCUCGCUCCUCCUCAGCCAUGCUUGAAAUGGCGAUUGAAAACCUCCAAAAGUCUGAAGGAAUUGCAAGUCACAAAAGCAGCCUGCUCAACAGCCAUCUUCAGUGGCUGCUGGACAACUAUGAGACGGCGGAGGGAGUGAGCCUGCCCCGGUGUUCCCUCUAUAACCAUUACCUCAGACACUGCCAAGAGCAGAAACUGGAUCCAGUUAACGCAGCGUCCUUCGGGAAGCUCAUCCGCUCCGUCUUUAUGGGCCUAAGGACGCGGCGCCUCGGCACCAGAGGCAACUCCAAGUACCAUUACUAUGGCAUCCGGGUGAAGCCAGAUUCCCCACUGAACCGGCUGCAGGAAGACACCCAGUACAUGGCGAUGCGGCAGCAGCCUGUCCACCAGAAACAGAGGUUUAAGCCUCUGCAGAAGGUGGAUAGCAUGUCUGACAGUCUGUGUGGAAGCUCUCAGCACUGCAGCAGCACCCCAGAGCAGUCGGUGGCCGCGCAAACCCAGCAGCAUCAGCAGUACAUCGACACAUCUCACUCCUUGCCUCCAUUUCCUUCUCCGGACCUGGGCACGCAGCCUCUUCCUGAGCGCAUCAGCACGACUGAUGUUAAGACGCUGCAGACGCUCUACAGAAGCCACUGUGAGGCUACUUUGGAUGUGGUGAUGAAUCUGCAGUUCCACUAUGUGGAGAAUUUCUGGCAGAACUUUUGGAAUGCAACAGCGCCAUCUAAUGACGGCAGCACAACCAUCCCCAGCAGCGAUGACGACCUGGAGCGAGUGAUUCCCAGGGAGAAGCUGGUGUCUCUGUGCAAAUAUGAACCAGUCCGGCUAUGGAUGAGGAGCUGUGACCACAUCCUGUACCAGGCCCUGGUGGAGAUCCUCAUCCCCGACGUGCUGCGCCCUGUUCCCAGCACUCUCACUCAGGCCAUCAGAAACUUCGCCAAGAGUCUGGAGGGUUGGCUGACGACCGCCAUGACCAGCUUCCCACAGGAGAUCGUUCGCACCAAGGUGGCGGUGGUCAGUGCGUUCGCCCAGACUCUGAGGCGUUACACCAGCCUGAACCACCUGGCCCAGGCGGCCCGCGCCGUUCUGCAGAACACCUCCCAGAUCAACCAGAUGCUGUCCGACCUCAACAGGGUGGACUUCGCCAACGUCCAGGAGCAGGCGUCGUGGGUCUGCCAGUGUGACGAGGGCGUGGUCCAGCGUCUGGAGCAGGACUUCAAGGUGACCCUGCAGCAGCAGAGCUCCCUGGACCAGUGGGCCAACUGGCUGGACAACGUGGUCUCCCAGGUCCUGAAGCCUCACCAGGGGAGCCCCAGCUUCCCCAAAGCCGCCCGCCAGUUCCUGCUCAAGUGGUCCUUCUACAGCUCCAUGGUGAUCAGAGACCUGACUCUGCGCAGCGCCGCCAGCUUCGGCUCGUUCCAUCUGAUCCGCCUGCUUUACGACGAGUACAUGUUCUACCUGGUGGAGCACCGCGUUGCCCAGGCAACUGGAGAAACUCCCAUUGCCGUGAUGGGAGAGUUCAGCGACCUGAGCUCCAUGAUGCCGUCGCUCCUGGAGAAAGAUGCGUCGUUCUCAGACGAGAUGAGCAACCUGGACGGCGACGGCGCUCCGGCCGAGCCGGCGGUGAAGAGAGAGAGGAUUGAAAUAGGCCACCCUCUGCAGGAAAUGUGAGUCCGGUCUGAACGGAGCGGACGCAGCAGAACGAGUGCAAUGUAAAUAGAGAAGAGUGCAGAAGUAGUAGAAGUGUUUAUAAAGAUGGUGUAUGGUGUACCCCCCCACAUCCCCCCGCCCCUCACACACACACACACACACACACGGUUUUAUUCGUUGUCGUUUCACCGCGGUGUGACGGAUCUCGUUGUUUUUUGUUGGGACUGUGAAUUUUUUCUGCGCAGUAGCUUCUCUUAUUGGAUGUUUAACUUCUAAACGGCGGCGUUUUUGUGCUCCAUCUGUUUUUUUUUCUUUGUUUUUUUUUCUUUAAAUCCAUGUUUGUUGUGCCACAGUGUCCUUUGAGUGCCUUAGAUUAACUUUGAAAUCGCCGCUAUGGAUGUCGCCUUGUCCCUCAGCUGUGCCUCAACCGCAGCAUGAAUGUACCGUCUUCAAACCUCAAAACGCUCAGAGCGCCUUCGCUCUCCCCGAUGCCUCUGCUGCACCUCGUAGCAAACACACGGUAAAAAAAUGAUGCUAGAAAAAGAAAUGGGUCAGAGGACGUAAGAACAUGCAGCCUAGCAACCCAAAGGACUUUCCCGUUUGUUUUCCUGCUCAGCCGAGGGUUCGGAGCAGGAAAAGAUGGAUUUUUUACCUCAACGUUUCUGUCCUGGUCUCCAGAUGGUUCAACAAAGCCUGUUGUGAUUGUGAUGCUCAGAGCCUUGCAAAAGUUUUCACUCUAACUCAGUUCAUCAUUCAUUCAAUGGAAAGAAUCUGAAAGGUGUUUGUAUUCAGUCCCAUGAUUUAUCUACCAGUUUUACUUGUACAAAAACUGGAAGCUAAAGUCCAGAUAUUCUCAAAAUGAUUUAAAUAUUAAUAUAUUCAGAACCAAACCAGAGGUGUCCAACAGACGUGGCCAUCGGGGACGUCGCCAUGUUUCAGAGCAGGUGAAACAGCAUUUUUCAUGCAUGGCUGAACCCAAAUGUUUGGGUUUGUUUUUAUACAACUAUAAUAUCUUUGCUGUUUUCUCUUUCAUGGUGCGUUGAAAUGAGACUUUCUCAAGCGUGACUAAUUCUUCCUAUGCUCCAAUGAAAACAGCUGAAUUUAUGCUGAUUAGUUUCCACAUUAAUCCAGUUACGUUUUAGUGAAAGUCACUGGACUUCAUUUAGGGGCUGAAUACAAAUCCAUGCUGCACUUUUCAGAUUUUUGUGAAAAAACAAAACUGUUUCCAUAUGCUAUGAAAACGAUAAAGAAUGUGAAUAGUUUUGCAAGGGACAGUAUGUAACUCGCUCUGGAGUUGGAAAUAUUCCAGAUUAAUCAACAGAAAGGAGGCAGGAUGUUAAACAAUCCGUGUUGACAAAACGUGGAGCGGAGCCGGCUCCGAGGCUGCAGAACCUUUAGCCUCACGCCGUGGCUGCGUCGUCGUCUUCUGUUCGGUUCCAUCGGAAAUACAAGGCGCCGAUUCAGAAAACGUAACGAAUAUGUUUAUAUGAUGUGGAAAAUGCCUCGUUUCCUUCUGAUGCCGUUGCAUCAGAAGGAAACGCUUUGCUGUCGCUGAAUGAGACGAAUCUGUUCCCAAUCUGAUGUUAAAUGUGCGAAACGGUUUAUUACUGCGGCGUCGCAGUAAACUAAGGUGUCUGGAAACAACAACAAAAAAUCCUAUUUAUGAGUUAAUCUGAAUUGAUGGAAUUUUUGUGUUGAAAUUAUUUUUUAUUUUCCCUCAGAUGAUUUUGUUGUAGCAACAAGAGUCUUAAGUUAUUUAAGGCUUUUCGUAACUCGUGCCUGUCACAGUAAUUUGCCUUAAAGUGCUUUGGAGGAAAAUUAUUUCUAUGUGUACUUUGUAACGUUUUGUAAAGCUGUUAGAUUAUUUUUUAUUGAUCUAGUUUCUUCUCACAAGUAUACUGAAUUUAUUGUGUAUUUUUAAACCUGUUCUUGACUCCACUUUAACUAGCCUAAGGACAGAUGAUUGUCUGUAAUAAACUGCAUAGUUUCACUGUAUUUUGUACUUGGUCACAAAGUGUAAUAAAUUGUUGUAAACCCAAA